AUGGGUUUCGUCUGCUUUCCGUUUGUUUAUUCACGGAGCUCUGGUAGUUCCGACGUUACUUUUUGCUUACACUAUGACAUACUUAACGGCGUUUGUAAACGUCAAGUCUGUGCAGAUUCCGCUGCUGCGUCUCUGGUGAAGCUCUCCACCGUUGUGUCUCCGGUGAAGGUCUCCACUGUUGCGUCUUCGGUGAAGGUCUACACUGUUGUGUCUAUGAUGAAGCUAUCUGUCGCUGUAUCUCCGGUGAAGCUCUCGGUCUCUGUGUCUCCCGUCAAGCUUUUCUGCCCAUGUCUCUCCGAAGAAGCUCUUCACUGGGGUAUGAUACUUUAUAACUAA